UCAAAAUGGCGGACACUGAAAAAACUCUUGACGUUUUGUCGUCAUUGCCAUUUGGAAAAUACGAUGAUGAGUGGGUGAAAAGUGCAUGGGAAAAAGAUUUCACAGACAUUGAUCCUCUUAGUCUGGAACUAGAGAGCGACUUGGGUGAAAAUGACUACUACAUUGAGAGUUUGCACAAAGUUUGCAGUGUUUUUGACACAUGGAUUCGUGAGAAAAAGGGCAGCAGAGAAGAAGGCUUCUGGACUGUCUUGGUGGAGAAUGACCUGUCUUACAAGAGUUUCACUGCUUUUCUGGCCUAUCUGAUGGAAGUUGGACAUAGGAGGGAGGCAAACAGUCAUCAGCGAGAAGCAGGGUUACUGGCAGCUUCAAAUUACUUCAAGCUGGUAACUGUUCCAGGUAGUGGUGCUUUUAAGCUGUUCCACCCAAUGCUGUUUCAAAGAGGCAUGGAUAUGCUGAAAUCCUGGACUAGUCUCAGUUCUGGUCAGAGGAAACGCCAGGCUAACAUCUCCAGUUCCCAGCUAAGCAGUAAGGAGGGCCGUGGGAAGAGGGCAAAACGAUCCACAAUCACUCAUGACCCUGUGGUGGAGUUUAGUGAUGAGGAUGAAGAAGGAGAUGCUCUUACUGGAGCUGAAAUCAGCCGCAUCAAGAAGGCCAUUCUAUCCCUCCUCAAGGAUUUUAUUCAACUGCUGGAGAAUUUCUCAUUGAAUCAGUCUGAUUCAUCCAGCCAUUACGCUGUAUCAGUUUUAUCAGAGCUGACAAAUGUCGACCCAGAGCUGUUUGAUGGUGAUUUUGAAAGAACCAAUCUAUCUGGAAUGCCAGUGUCUGGUCUGUCUUACAAGGGUUUAAUGAAGCUGUUAUCCCCAGCCCAUGGAGAAGUGGUUGCCCUUACCACCAGUGUGUUCAAACAUCUGCUGCCCCGAAUUCUCAUGCUGAUCGGUGAAAACAAGGGCGUGGCAGCUCAGGCUAUCCCAAGAUCAGUGCUCCUCUGCAAGGACCAUGCCAUGAAUUUUGUGUGUUUUCUCCUAAAAGGGGCAGAUGAGUCUGUUGUAUCUGUGGUGAGAAUUCUCCUCCAGCAUAUGUGUGCCAAGGUCCCUGAUAAAGCAGAAUACAGAACCAACGUAGCUCAGUCAGUUGUUAAAAUUCUGAAAGAAUUGUCUGGAAAACAUUAUGUUACAAUGUUGGAAUGGAUUUCAAAGUUUUCAAGAAACGGAAAGAAUUCUUACCGUGCAUUUUCCCUGGAUGUUAUUGGGCUACUCUUGAAAGAACCCAUGAGACCACCCACCGAUGAUAUUCCUGAAGACCAGUUGAUGGUCCUCAAGCAGCGAUUCCUCGUAGAAAUAGUCCUGGCACGAUGUUCUGACUUGAGCCCCACUGUCAGAGCAAGGGCAAUUGCUACCUUCGGCCAGUGUCUGACCUCGGGUAGUGUUGAAAUCCUGAGUGCUGUUCAGGAGAUUGUCACCCCCAAACCUGUUGCCCCUAAUGCACCAUCUCGCCAGGUACCCACACCCGAGAUUGCCAGGUCCCAGCAAGUUACAGCCCCUGUGCCUGCCCCAGAUCUAGAGCCAGUGAGUGAUGUGACAGCAGUGAACCUCCCUACAGAGCUGGCCCAGGACACCCCUGCUCUCAAUAUCCCCACACCUGCUGGGGCUAAAAGAGAAACACCUGUACUCUUUGACCUGCAGACUCCACAAGUUAAUGUUUGUUUACAGGAUUCUGAAGGAGUGACUUCCAUGCUGCGGCGGCGCACCUCAGAUGAGAAGGUUAUGGUGAGGAAAGCUGCAUUACAAACCCUGGAGAAUGCUAUCAGACUGGCAGGUCCAGCGUAUAAGUUACAGGACGUUGAGGUGCUGAAGGACAGGUGUCGUGACCCUGCUCUAUCUGUCAGACGCACAGCCAUGCAGUCUCUCACGGACCUCCUUAAGAUCAGGCCCCAAGACAGACAGCUGCAAAGUGCCUGGCUGGACGGUGUGUUACCCAUGGUGAUGGACAGAGAGACUAGUGCCCAGGAACGCUGUCUGGAGACCCUGGAAGAACUGGUGCUCCAUAACGUUGUCCCCUUUCACAGGACCAGUUCAGCUGACUAUGGCUUGGUGUGGGACUUGUUGGACAUCAUUGCUGGUGAUUCUGGGGUGGAGCUCAGGAGGUUCCUACAGAAAGCCUGUCAGCACUGGAGUCGUGAAGGAAAGAUUAAGUCUAGCAUGAUCAACUCUCUCAAGACUCACAUCAACCAAGAGAAUGAUGCAGGAGCGUGGCUUCUGCUGGCAGAGAUAGCUCCAUCCUGUACCAAGUUCAACCACGAUUUUGUCCUGGACUACUGGAAGAAAAAGGCCCGUGUUUGUGAGGCUUCGCAGUACAGUACCUGUCAAAGGGUCCUCACUGUCCUAGGUUACAUUGCACCACAACUCACGAAAGAUGACAGAACAGAGCUUAUAGAUGAUCUGAAAGCAAAGUUGCUUGCAUUUCAGUUCCCUCCUGAGCUAGUGGCUGUAACUGUCUCUACUCUUUGUAAGCUGUGUGACAGUGAAGGGGAAAGUGUGAGUGAGAAGGAGAAGUGGUGUACAGAGCUGCUGUUUGCUUCUGAUACUUACCUGUCUGAUCUGAUCCUGGAUGAGAACCAAGUGGAUCUCCCUGAUGAAGACAAGGUUGUACGUCACCUGUUCACCCUUGGGGAGAUUGCCCAGCUCUGUCCAGCAAAUACCCCAAAGAGGGUCUUUAUGCUGGUGGAGAGUUUAAUAGCAGCUCCAUGCAUCACUGCUGAAGAUUCCUGUGACAGUCAGGACAGUCAGCCAGAAGGAAGCCCUGAAGUGUCCCCCACAAGCUCCCAGACAGUCUCAGACUACCAGAAGUCACAAAGUUCGCGGGCAUCACACGCCUCCCAGAUAUCACAGGGUACCCAAGCUUCGCGCUACAGACAAUCCACACAAAUCCUUUCACAGUUCCGAGGAUCAAAAAUGUCUUCAAAAAUUCGGGCACAUGCCUUCAUUACUCUAGGUAAGCUGUGUUUACAAAACGAGGAUGUGGCCAAGAAGUGUGUGUCUGCCUUAGCCAGAGAGCUGGAUAUCUCCCCUGAUCCAGCUAUUAGGAACAACGUUGUUGUCAUUCUCUGUGACUUGUGUAUCAGAUACACCACUCUUGUAGACAGAUAUGUGGUAAACAUUGCUUCCUGUCUCAAGGAUAACUCUGCUCUUGUCCGAAAACAGACUCUUACCUUACUCACCAGACUGCUUCAGGAGGACUUCCUGAAGUGGAAAGGUGUGUUGUUCUACAGGUUUAUCACUUCCCUCCUGGAUGAGAACAAAGACAUCAGCUCCUUCGCGGAAUUCUGCCUGGUCCACAUACUUCUCCAGAGAAACCCCAACAUGUUUUUCCACCAUUUUGUGGAAUGUGUCUUUCACUUUAAUGGUUAUGAAGGUCAUUCAGUGUACAACAAGUUUCAACAAUCUGACAGAGAAAAGCAGAUGUUUUCACUUAAAGGUCCCACUCUAUUCAGCAAACGUCACAAGUUGUACACGUUUAUGUUGGAACACAUGGCAGAUGACCAGAGGUUCAAAUUGACUGCCAAACUGUGUCAGGAUGUUCUGUCUGGUGUGGUUGACAACAUCCUUCCAUUGACAGCAGAGACCAGUCAGCUGUUGAAGGACACACUCUCUAUACUCUGUUGUAAGGAAAUCAAGCUGGCCUCCUUGCGAACCAAACCUCAGGAUGAUGUCAUGGAUGAGCAAGAUAUGGCAGCUGUUGUCAUGGCAACAGCAAAAAAAACCCUAAUAACUCAAGCAAUGAAGAGAAAUGUCAUUGAAAAUGUUGUUCCAAUUGUGACCUCCCUGAAGCACUUUUUGGAGAAACACCGUUCCCCUGUUCUCAAACAACUGAUGAUGUAUCUCCGAGAACUGAUGAAGGACUACAAGGAUGAAGUACAGGAUAUUUUGUCAGCUGACAAACAACUGGCUACAGAGAUAGAAUAUGAUCUGAGGAAAUUUGAAGAACAGGAGACAAAUCCAUCGUUGGCAGUGGGUCCGGCUGGAAGCGUGUCGUCGCCCCGAGCUGGAGGCAGCAAGCCUGGGUCUCCCACAGUCAGGAAGGGUUCACCCAAAUCUGCCUCAGGCAGCCCCCAGACAACUUCACCACUAGCUCCAGCUAACAACAGCCUCUCCCCAAGGGCGAACACAUCCUCUGUGUCAGGAACACCAGUUCUCACCAGACAAAUGUCUCUGUCUACACUGGCCAUAUUGAACUCUGCUAAGAAAGCCAUGGACAAAGUGAAGACCGUAAGAGAUACGAGGAAUUCCCCUCGUAAGGCCACACCAGACCGCAGACCUGUGACCAAAACUGCUCAUGCUGAGUCAGACUCUGAUGAGAACAGGACUAUGGUGGAAGCUCCAGUCGCUGCUCUUUUCAAGACUCCAGAUAACUCGGGGAAAAAUAGGAGAGCUAUCAGCACACCAGCCAGUGUUUUAGGGAACAUCACCUUCCACCAGGAUCAGAACAUUUCACUAAUCCCUCCCUCUCCAAUCCCUGCCCUGCCCAUCAGAGUGUACGGGGAGCAGCAGUCAUCAUCAGAUACCUCCGCUGGUGGCCCAUCUAAACCUGCUACCAGAGCUAAGACAACAGAUACAGAUGUAGUUUUCAUGUUUUCUCCAGACAAACCAUUACCUAAGCCUAGAUCAUGGAAGAUCACAGCCACACCACCAAGGAAAAAUCCAAAGGAGCGGAAUGAGGAGCCAGAGGAAGCAACAGAGAAACUCAGGCCUCAGAGGCGGGUGUCUUCACGAUUACGGUCAUCAAGUCAGAGCUCCAGCUAAGCUCACCGCAUCAUACCCACUGCAUCAUACCCACUAUCAUUUAUCCUGCUUCUGUGCUUACAAGCUGUAUAAAUCUUUUUAAGUUUGAAUUUAGAAUAUCGUUUUGUCUGGACUCGUAAAUUUAGAUUUUUUGUGAAAUCUAGUGACUGAUCUUACAUUAAACAGUCAGGAACUGUCAAUUUAGUUAUAGAUAGUUUGUCAGGUAAAGGCCUUAAUCUCGGGAGAGAAGAAAGGCUUCUUCAAUUUAGUCAUUGAGUUAUGUGGUUGUACUAAAUAGCAGGGCAGUGCAUGUGUAUAGAAAUGUGACUGUUGCAGACCGUUCUACUGUGCUGCUUGUCUGAAUGCCCGCAGGUUACUCUACAUAAUGAUUGCUGUUAUGUUCCUAUUGACAAAAUAAAAACACACUCCUUGUCUGCCACUGAAGAUUGUUGCUACAUCUCUAACGUGUGCUGUGUACAAGAAUCAUGAUUGGUGAACAACUUUGAUGGCAAAAGUACAUGUUCUGGUAUAAUCUACAUAAAAUGAAGCUAACAGACAUGUUUUACACUACAAUGAUGUAAAGGGACACAGCUAAAAGUUGUUGAAGUUUAUGCAGUAUCCCCUCAAAGACUUUGAAAACAUGAUUUUUCGAAACCUAAUAAAACACUGAAAUCACUGUCACAUCACCAAGCUGGCAUGUGAAAGUGUCAAAAGGAAAACAAUACGAAAGCCAGGAAAGAAAGAAAAAAUCCUUGAAACUUCAAAGAACACACACAAAUGUUGAAGUCUUCACAACAGCCUGUGAUAAAUAUUCAUGUACAUGUGUACUCGAAAUCUGGAUGGAAAAACGAUAUGUUUGGUCACAAUGUGGUUACCUUCUGUCAAAUGGGACACUUUGUCAGUCCUGUUUUGCUGUUGCGGUCAUCUGCCAGGCCAAGGAAUAGUCCAGUAGCCUAAUGGCGGUACAUGAUCCUCCGAACUCAUGCAUUGUUACAUCCAAGAGCCAGUUGGGAAUCUGAUUUAAACGCUGUUGUGUUCUUGUACAAAGCUGUGAUUACACACCUCUAAGCUGUAGUUAUAGGCCUUUAAA